UGUCCUUGACUGAGCAGGCAAGCAGAGGAUUAACAUCUCAUUGAAAAAUCACCUCUAUCAGUGCAGUAAUUCCUUAAUGCUAUCACAGGAGUCAAGCACCUUAUGAACCUGGGCCCAGAAUCCAACGGACUAGGAUAAUGCCCUUUGUUCCCAGAUUGGGGGAGUUCUUGCUGCCCCCUGUCUCCCGGAAGUUGUGAGGUUUCAAUAGAAACAGCUCUCCCCCCUCCCCUGCACGCCCCCUGCCACUGGACAUGUCCCAGCCACAGCUGCUCAGCCUCCUGCACCUUGUGCUUCAGGUGAUCUUGUCCAGCUCCAACAGCUUUCCUGCUGGGAAGAAGGAGAUUGCGAUCGAUGGGGAUCUGGUGAUCGGAGGCUUGUUCCCAGUCCAUGAGAAAGGCAACGGUUUGGAAGACUGUGGAAGGAUCAACGAGCAGCGGGGCAUUGAGCGGCUCGAGGCCAUGCUCUUUGCUCUGGACGCGAUAAACAAGGACCCCAGCAUUUUGCCUGGGAUCAAACUGGGGGCCCACAUCCUGGACACCUGCUCCAAGGACACCUACGCAUUGGAGCAGUCACUGGAGUUUGUCAGAUCGUCUUUGGCUAAAGUCGACGAGACCGAAUACAUCUGUCCGGAUGGAUCCUUUGCCAUUCAUGAUGACAAGGCGUUCGCCAUUGCUGGGGUCAUUGGGGGCUCGUACAGUGAUGUGUCCAUCCAGGUCGCCAACCUGCUGCGCUUGUUCCAGAUCCCCCAGAUCAGCUAUGCCUCCACCAGCGCCAAACUGAGCGACAAGUCCCGCUACGAUUACUUUGCGCGGACUGUGCCACCCGAUUUCUACCAAGCGAAGGCCAUGUCGGACAUCCUUCGCUUUUUCAACUGGACGUACGUGUCCACUGUGGCGUCUGAGGGCGACUACGGCGAGACGGGCAUCGAGGUGUUUGAGCAGGAGGCCCGUGCCAGGAACAUCUGCAUCGCCACCUCGGAGAAGGUGGGCCGCUCCAUGGACCAGAAGAGCUACGACGGCGUCAUCAAGGCCCUGGCGCAGAAGCCCAGCGCCCGCGUGGUGGUGCUCUUCACCAAGAGCGAAGACGCGCGGGAGCUGCUGACCGCCGCCCACCGGCUCAACUUCACCUUCACCUGGGUGGCCAGCGACGGCUGGGGCGCCCUGGAGAACGUGGUGCGGGGAAACGAGCAGGCGGCGCAGGGGGCCAUCACCAUCGAGCUGGCUGCCCACCCCAUCGCCGAGUUCGCCGCGUACUUCGUCAACCUCCACCCGACCAACAACCACAGGAACGCCUGGUUCCGGGAGUUCUGGCAGCAGAGGUUCAACUGCAGCUUCCGCCAGCGGGAAUGCACCAGCAACACGCUCAGGAAGGAGAACUACCAGCCAGAGUCCAAGAUCAUGUUCGUACUCAACGCCGUCUACGCCAUGGCCCACGCCCUCCACAACAUGCAGCAGGCACUCUGCCCGAACACCACCAAGCUCUGCGAUAACAUGAGGCCCCUGAAUGGCAAGAGGUUUUACAAGGAUUACAUCAUAAAGGUUCACUUUGAUGCUCCUUUUCGCUUGGACGACACGGACAGUGAAAUCCGGUUCGAUCGAUACGGAGAUGGAAUCGGCCGUUACAACAUCUUCAACUUCCAGGCGAGGGGUGGGAGGUACGGCUAUCAGAGGGUUGGCUACUGGGGUGAGGACCUCACCUUGAACACCAGCUUGAUUGUCUGGGCCCAGUCGUCCAUUCCGACAUCGCAGUGCAGUGAUCCCUGUGCCAAGAAUGAAGCCAAGAGCAUGCAGCGUGGAGAUGUCUGUUGCUGGCUCUGUAUCCCCUGCCAACCUUACGAGUUCCUCUAUGAUGAGUUCACCUGCAUGGAUUGUGGACCUGGGCGGUGGCCCACCGAGGAUCUCAGCUCAUGCUACGACCUUCCGGAAGAGUAUAUCAAAUGGGAGGAUGCUUGGGCUAUCGGGCCCAUCACCAUUUCUUGCCUGGGCUUCAUCUGCACCCUCUGUGUGUUCACGAUCUUUGUGAAGAACAACAACACGCCGGUGGUGAAGGCUUCAGGGCGGGAGCUCUGCUACAUCCUUCUCGUUGGGGUCCUGAUGUCUUACAGCAUGACCUUGAUCUUCAUUGCCAAGCCCUCGACCACGGUCUGCACUUUGCGCCGCCUCGGGCUGGGGUCCUCCUUCGCGGUCUGCUACUCGGCCCUCCUCACCAAGACUAACCGCAUUGCGCGAAUCUUCAAUGGCGUGAGAGACGGCGCCCAGAGGCCGCGCUGCAUCAGCCCAGCCUCCCAGGUGGGCAUCUGCCUGGCAUUGAUUUCCUGCCAGCUGAUUGUCGUCACGGUGUGGCUGGUGGUGGAGACGCCUGGCACCAGGAAGGAGACCACACCUGAGAAGAGGGACACGGUUACCCUCAAGUGCAACACCAAGGAGUCCAGCAUGCUCACCUCCCUGACCUACACGGUGGUGCUCAUCGUGCUGUGCACAGUGUAUGCCUUCAAAACCAGGAAGUGCCCUGAGAAUUUCAAUGAGGCCAAGUUCAUUGGCUUCACCAUGUACACCACGUGCAUCAUCUGGCUUGCCUUCCUGCCUAUCUUCUAUGUCACCUCCUCUGACUAUAGGGUCCAAACCACCACCAUGUGUAUCUCCGUCAGCCUGAGUGGCUCAGUUGUGUUGGGAUGUCUGUUUGCCCCGAAAGUCCACAUCAUUCUCUUCCAGCCUCAGAAAAAUGUGGUGACUCAUCGCGUGACCACCAGCCGCUUCAGUGUGACUGGCUCGGGGACUGCCCACUCCCACGUUUCCGCUGCACACCAUGUGCCGACUGUAUGCAAUGGACGAGAAAUCGUGGACUCCACAACUUCAUCGUUAUGAGGACAGGACAGAGAGAGCUGCUUCCCUGCCACUAACACCACCCAUUGUGCUGUGUAACCCACUCCUCCCCACAUACACCCUUCACCGUGACUCCUCCACAGAUGUGCACAAAGUUAAGGUCUUUCUGUGGCAAAACCAACCAUUACAUUCAAUGUAUAAAAGGAGGUUUUUACUAAGUAGACUUCUUGUGAAUUAGUACGUGCUCUUGUAACUAAUGUAAAUAAAGUGUCUUUUUUUUUAAUGAAUAUUGUAACCUAGUCACUGAUAACUAGUUCUAAACUAGUGUCAAGUCAGUGGAGUCAUUAGGAGGAAAUAUUAACAAGUCGAUCCCCAAAAUAUAAGACAUUCUGGCAGCUAAUAGAUUCCUAGUGACUCCCUGAUAUUAAAAUAAAUUGUCUGUGAUUUAUUUUUAUGAAGAUUCUAGCCCCCUGCUCCCUCCUUCACCUUGCCCACUCUCUUGCUCUCUCUCCUGAGAUGGCUGACUUGGUCGCACUUUACAUUGGCUGAAUUCUCCCACUCUGUCCCUGGGUCAGUGGGAUCUCUCAGGUUUUCCACUCACGAUGAGUCGCAGUCUCCUUUUCUGUUGCGAUGACAGAAUGUUUGAAGUAUUCAAAUGGCUUUGAUCAUAUUGAUAGUGAGAAGCCAUUUUCAUUGGCGUGAGGAGAGUCAGUGACCAGAAUAUAAGUGCCAAGUAAAAUUAGAGUCCCAAGGCUUGUGAUGAGGAGAAAACAUUUCUCCUCAUCAGGAAUCCACUUCUUAAAUAGGUGGUGGAACUAACCUUCCAAAGGGAGAUAAUGAAAGGGGAAAGCAUUGCAAGUCAAUGGGGAAAAGAGCAGGUGAGCGGGACCAAUUGGAGAUGAUGGGCUGAAUGGUCUCAGUGCUUGGAGGUUCUAUGAUUUUGUAGGAAAUCCUCUAAUUCUGGGUGAAAAUCACCAUCCUUGGGCCUUGGCAACUCUUGUUGGGAGUCACUAUGUCAUUGCUAAUCACUCUCCCGCCAAGAAGCCAGUCUUGAUGACCCCUGAUGGUGAGUGGUGCUGGGAUCUACCCAGGGCUAGCAGCACAACUGCCUCUCAUUUGAUGUACAAACACUGUGGACUUGACACCAGGACGAACCCACCGGGGGCUGGCACAGCCACCUUGGCAGCUGCUUACCUUUCCCCAGCCCCGGAUAAUUCUUGUUCCUCCUUCGCCUGCUGAUAAGAGAUGAAGUGGUGUACUACACCGAACAAACCAUAGCUUCAUACCAUGCAGCAAAAAAAGAGGCCACUCAUUCCAUAUUGUUAGCACCAGCUCAUUCUCAAAGAGCUGUCCAAUUAAUAUGCUGCCCUCCUUCCCCAUUCCUUUAUAAAUCUUUCCUUUCCAAGUAUUUAUUUAAUUCCCUUUUCAACGUCCCCAUAAUAAAUUCUAUUCAGGUAAUCUUCCAAUGACCUCUUGAAUGCUUUGAUUCUCUGACCACAACACCAUAUUUCAGAGCACAAUUUUUUUGACCAAUAGCAAGUAGGGGAUAGUGGAUGUAUUGGCCAAUGGAUACAAUCCUGAAGCAGGGCCAUUGGCCAUGUUAGCUCUAUCUCUCUCCCCACAUGCUUUCAAAUCUGCUGAGCUCUCAAGUAUCUUUGUUUCUACUUUUUUACUGGUGGCACGGUUACUCAAUAAGUUAGCACUGCUGCUUCACAGCCGCAGGGGCCCGGGUUUAAUUCCAGCCUUGGUCGAUUGUCUAUG